UACAUAGUCGGAACUGGUCGGAACGGUAUCAGCAUUCCAUUCUCGAUUCAUUCUGAUUCAUUCCAGUUGGUCGCUUUCAGUGAUCACGUUCUCCAGUGCCGUUUCAUACUAAAAAUAUGGCGUCUUAAGAAUGUAGUACCUUUUAUAUCAAUUGAUUAUUUUCACGAUCUGCUGCAGUGUCAGUAACUGUGAAAUCUGCUACAUCUAAUAGAAUUCAAAAUAUUUUAUAUAUUUAUUAAUACUGAAUUCAAGUUCUUAAUUACAUUUGACACAUUCCGAAAUAGGGUAACUUUGUUACAUAAUAAUAAUCAUUGAUAAGAUUCUAUUGUAAUCAAUAUACAGAACGUGAAGGAAUUUAAAUUGCUGUGAUGACGGAUACACGUGACGUAAUACGAGUAGGAUCUCGGCAAAGCCAGUUGGCUCUGAUUCAAACAAAUUAUGUGAUAAGAUGUUUAAAAGAAUAUAAUCCAGAAAAUAAAUUUGAAAUAGUUACAAUGAACACAAAGGGAGACAAGAUCUUAGAUAAAUCUUUACCUAAAAUUGGUGAGAAGUCUCUUUUUACAGAAGAGUUGGAACUUGCUUUAGAAGAUGGCAAUGUUGACUUUGUAGUACAUUCAUUAAAAGAUUUACCAACAUCAUUACCAAAAGGAAUGGUUCUAGGGGCAAUAUUAAAACGCGAAGAUCCGUGUGAUGCAGUUGUUAUGUCUAAAAAGUACAAAGACAAAACAUUAUCUACCUUACCAGAAGGUAGUGUUAUUGGUACUAGUUCGUUACGCAGAUCGGCUCAAUUAGCUCGUAACAUGCCACAUUUAAAAGUGCAAAAUAUUCGUGGUAAUUUAAAUACUAGAUUAAGAAAGCUGGACGAUGAAAAUGGACCUUUUGCAGCAAUUAUUUUGGCAGCUGCUGGUUUAAAAAGAAUGAAUUGGGAAAAUAGAAUAAGUCAGUUAUUAGAACCGGAAGGUACAUUGUAUGCUGUAGGGCAGGGUGCAUUAGGAGUUGAAUGUCGGGAAGCAGAUUGGAAAAUAUUGUCCCUAUUGGAACCAUUGUACGAUGUAGACACAACUUUAAGAUGUGUAUGUGAACGUUCGUUUCUAAAAACCUUGGGAGGUGGAUGUUCAGCGCCAGUCGCUGUUUCCUCGACCUUAGAAGAUAAGAAUCUAACUAUUACUGGUGCUGUAUGGUCUUUAGAUGGACAGAAACUUGUUAAAGAUACCUUUAAAAGCAAACUUUAUAUACCAGAUGAUGAUGGAGAACCUCCGAAAAAAUGUCCAUAUCGAGAACCGAAACUUUACUGCAGUGUUGUACCUGGUAAAGUAAGCAAUAUGAGUCUUACAGGUGCCGAACAACUUGGUAAAGAUCUUGCAAAAAGUCUUAUAGAAAAGAAUGCUCUCGAUAUUAUGGAAGAAGCUAGAAAUGAAAUUUUAACUGUUAAAUAGAAGUGAUGAAUAGUACUGAAAUAUAAGGUUUUCUUGAUGAUGAAAACAUUCUGAAAAUGUAUAUAGUAAGAUUUGAUCAGUGUAAAAAGUACAAAAUAUUAUGAUGUGUAAAAAAAAUCGAUAAUACCUUGUUGUACAGUUUGUUAUAAUUUAAGUGUUUACCGAUUUUGUCAUAUCAUUAUUUCAUAAUUUUAGCAGUUACACACAAACAAAUGUUGCCAAUAGUAAAACCA